AUGCUGAAAGUCGCCUGUCUGGUACACAGCAUCUACGUGGGGGCCAAUGACCGCCUGUGGAGCGGGCCAGAUGGCUUCGUUCUGAGCCAGGAUGAGCUGGUAGCAUGGCUACCUCUCGGCCAAAGUCAUGUGGAAGCUUUGUUUUCGUCAGCCCGUCGAGUUCAACAGUUCCGACUCACAGGUGCCGAAUCUGGUCUCCUCGCCGCCGUUAUUCUCAUCACUCCAGCUUGCUUGUCAUCGUUACCAGUACAUAUUAGUGAGUUCGAUCUUUAUCGGGGCUUUUUAUAA